GACAGUCAGAUAGCGCACUAGGAGGAAAUUCAGCCACCGCUAUUGAGACCAGCAUAUUUUCUUUGGGAUAUACUGAUCACAAAGCCUUUCGACAAGCUUUUUUUCCCGACGGGGCAAACAUGGCGACGCUGGGACCGGAGCCCCGUCCUCAUUCCCAGCUGCCGUCUGCCGCAGUACAGACGAACCUGAGCGGACUGGGCUCCAGCACGAACCUGCCUUUCAACCGGGGCUUGGAGAGAGCUCUGGAGGAUGCGGCGAGCUCCGGAUUCCUUAACCUCAGCACAAGAAAACUGAAAGAAUUCCCUCGGACAGCAUCUAAUUAUGACCUAACGGAUACGGUUGAAGCAGAGCUGUCAAAGAAUCGCUUGAUUGACAUCCCGUCAGAGGUGUGUCAUCUGGUCUCCCUGGAAACGCUGAACCUUUAUCACAACUGCAUCAGAAGCAUUCCUGAUUCCAUCAUCAGCCUUCAAUCCCUGACCUGCUUAAACAUCAGCCGGAACCAGCUGUCGGUGCUGCCAGCGUGUGUGUGUGGUCUUCCUCUGCGAGUGCUCAACGCCAGCAAUAACAAACUCAACGCACUUCCAGAAAGCAUUGGCCAGCUCACCAAUCUCAUGGAGCUGGAUGUAAGCUGUAAUGAAAUCACAGCUCUUCCACGUCACAUUGGCCAACUCAGAGCUCUGAGGGAACUCAAUGUGCACCGAAACCUUCUCUGUGUCCUGCCAGAGGAUUUGGCAGAUUUACCCCUGGUCAAGUUUGAUUUCUCCUGUAAUAAGGUUUCUACUAUUCCUGUCUGCUAUCGAAAAAUGGCCCAGCUCCAAUCACUACAGCUGGAGAACAAUCCACUUCAGAGUCCUCCUGCGCAGAUCUGCAUGAAGGGCAUGAUUCAUAUAUUUAAAUACCUCGCCAUGGAGGCAUGCCGGAGUGACAAGAUGGCCGAUGCCAUGUACCUUCCUGUCUCAGACCGCCUCAGCUUGACACGACCCACGAAUGGGAGCAUUGAGGACAUCGAUCAGCACAAGAAACUUGACAGUGACUCUGGGGUGGGCAGUGACAACGGAGACAAACGCCUUUCUGCUACAGAGCCAUCAGAUGAAGACAGUCUCAGCUUGAAUGUGCCCAUGACCAACAUCACAGAGGAGGAGGGCUUGAGCAAAGACGACUCCAGUGAACACAUCAGCGCUCUGACAGCAGACAGAAGUUCAUCAGAAUCUCUCAAGGACCAUCUGGGCUAUCGAGACUCUACCCUCAGCUCACCGUUUGUCAACUACAUCAAAGGUCGAGGUGUUGACUUCGAUGAGCCCCUCAGGAUAGAGGAAGACACCAACUGGGUUUCAGAACAAACAUCAAAGGUCAAUAUGAUUAAUCAGCUAAAGGAAGCUGUGGAGAUGCUACAGGAUCCUAACAGGGUUAACAUGAACUCUGCUGAUCUCUCCAGUAUUAAGCUCUACCCUGUGGAAAUGGUUACAGUAGAUGAUUCGCUCAAUGGCCAAGAGAGUGUCGAUUGUCAGGCAACGCCUAAGGCGGCUCCUGGAGAAUGCUGGGAGUUCCAGAGGAAGCGACAGUACAUUCUAGAACGGGCCCGGCUCGAGGCUCAGCUCGCAUGUCAACAUUAUGCCCUGCACAUGGCACAACAGGGUGACGUGAUUGGCCAGGAAGGAUCAGGUGAUAGUUGUGAGAACCAACUUACCAAGAGUGAAGACAUAACCCCAGUUUCCAGCCCUACACUGAGCUCACCUCCCUUUGGUCUAAAGCCCAGAUCAGCUUCACCCUCUUUGCCAUGCUCGACUCCGCCCUGUCCCCGCCCCCUUACACAGGCCCCGCCCACCGAUAGAGACACGCCCCCUAGCCCAGCUGAAGGAGACAUGCCAAGCAGUGUGUUUUUCAGGACGCACAAGACUCUGGAAUCAGUGGAUCCUCAGUUCACCAUGAGGAGAAAGAUGGAGCAGCUCAGAGAGGAGCUGGAGCUCACAGAGCAACUGCGAGAAAGUAUUGAGAGCAGACUGAAAGUAGUUCUUCCUGAAGAUCUGGGCUCUUCUCUCAUGGAUGGGGUAGUGCUUUGUCAUCUAGUCAAUCACAUUCGGCCGCGUUCAGUGGCCAGUAUCCAUGUACCAUCCCCUGCAGUGCCCAAGCUUAGCAUGGCUAAAUGUCGCAGAAAUGUUGAAAACUUUUUGGACGCCUGCAGGAAAAUGGGAGUCCCUGAGGAUAAGUUAUGUCUGCCGCAUCAUAUUUUGGAGGAGAAGGGCCUGAUCAAAGUUGGCAUCACUGUGCAAGCUCUGCUGGAUGAGACUUCGGCCAACGAGACACUCGUCACAUGAGUCACACAAACACAAGCCAGUCUCACUGACACUAAUUCCUUUUGCUGACCUCCAGCGCCAGACGAUCUUUGAGAAAUUCCCUGGACAGAGUCCAUUUAUUUCUAUUAGAACAGGUGAUCCUCAGCUUGCAGGUAUAUGCUCAUGUUUUCCUCACUCUCUCUUUACUUCAUUAUUUAGUACUGUUAUCUGAUCACUGUUGCCUGGGCCAUAGUCAUGUAAAGCCGAGUUCAGACUGCACGAUUUUUAAAGUAGUCGGGUCACUGUUCUUUACACACUGCAUGACUAUCUUGGCCAGCAUUCAGUCGCUGCUGUGUUCAUACUGCACGAUGGAUCGGCAACAAAAGGUUUCACACUCCAUGACUUUACAAUAGGAAGAAUCACCGACAACUAUGUCUGGCAUGCAAACUACGUUUCACAACCAAACACACGCGAGAUGUGACAAGAAAACAACGCGAUAUCACGCGUGCAAGACUGGAGUUCUCUAGUGAGACUGGGAUUAUUAUUAAAAAUGGUAGCCCGCAAGAAGCUUGCAGUAAGAAUUCCCUGUGCGCUGAUUUGCAGAGAAAAAAAGAAAAAGAAAAGAAGAUUAUGGAGGAGGAAAUGGUUGGGGAGACGCGAGGAACAAGGAUUGUGUGUUCUUAUAUCAUGCUUGCUGGUCUAUAACUCCUCCCUGAACUCCCCACUGCUCUGUAUCUUGCUCUCUCAUUGGCUGUCGGUCAUCGCCAGUGUAGUUUUCUGUCAGAACACUUUUCACACAGCAUGAUUUUGAAUCGCUGACAGGUCCAGAUAUUUAGCAUGCCAAAUAUCUCACGGGCAUCGGCGACUUGUCUGCGAUUCUCUCAGAUCGCAUCUUUGCUCAUUCACACUGCGUGAUUGUUACACGCGUGAACGAGCACCGAUUUGCCUGUGAUUUCGGGCAUUUGUCAGCGAUUUCUCAAAACCUGUCGGCGAGCCAAAAACUGGGCUAAAAUCGUGCAGUCUGAACACGGCUUAAAGGGUUAGUUCGCCCAAAAAUGAAAAUUAUGUCAUUAAUAACUCACCCUUAUGCUGUUCCAAACAUGUAAGGCCUCCUUUUAUCUUCGGAAGUAGUCCAUGUGACAUCAGAGGGUCCGUUGGAGUUUUUUGAAGCAUCGAAAAUACAUUUUGGUCCAAAAAUAGCAAAAACGACGACUUUAUUCAGCAUUGUCUUCUCUUCCGUGUCUGUGUGAGAGAGAGUUCAAAUCAAAGGCUUGAAUCAAGGGCAAUCAUCGCCAAUGACGCCAUUACGUCGAGCGCGAAAGAACUGGUGAACCGUUUUCUUAAACCGGUUUAUUGAAUCGAACUGUCCGAAAGAACUACUGGUGAUCCGAACACCGAUGCAACCGGUUCUUCACUCGUGAACGAGUCAGUCUAUUGUUUGUUAUCUGGCUCGGCUCGGUGUUCAUCACAGCAGUUCAGUCAAUGUACUGUUUGAGUACAUGAAUUACUCCGGGAUAUUGGUUUGUUUGAACUCAGAGGGAGUGUCAGCCACAUUAAAAAAGUUAACAUCUUAAGUCAUUUGUGGAGUUAUUAAUGACAUAAUUUUCAUUUUUGGGCGAACUAACGCUUUAAGCAACUCAAAACUAGCUUGAGAUAUGAAAUUCCUUUUAUUUAAUAUAUGUUUAUUUAUUAAACAGUUAGUUAAGGAUAUAUAUAAUUGUGCACAAUUUUAUAUAUACAUCUACCUAUGUUUAGCUUAGAUGAUAUUUGUGCUUGGCCUUUGGUGAUGUAGAUUGAAAUCACUUGUCCUCCCAGAUUCCUAUGUUUUUUUUUUUUUUUGUAACCACAUUUGUACUUGUUUUUGGGAGACGUUGAUGAUUUGUCUCAGGGGAGGUGUGGCCUCACUUUAGUUUCCUACAGUCUCCGCUCUGCUCACCUGUCAGUCAGGUAUGAUUUCACUAAAAGAGUAUGUUUGAGUGUGUGGACAGUAGAAAACAUGCCUGACAUUUGUUUUCGUUUGUGUAUGUGUGAUCGCUAUCUUGAGGAGAGUAUUUCUUUUGUGAGAGUGAGAGAACGAGAGCACAUGUUGGCACUUUUGUAUGUAAGUUUUUGUGUCAAAGAACAUUUUUUUUUUUUUUUCUGUUAUUUUACUUGCGUGCGUGUUUGCUUGUGGAAGGUCUGAUGUCCAAAGCUUCAGCUCCUCACAGAAACAGACCAAAACAUUUGAAGCUGGUUUCUCACUGGGGAUUAUUUGACAGUUGCCAAAAUUAUUUUCUGAUAGCAAACUGAUUUACAAACAUAAUCAUUUUAUACCGUUUUUACAAUGAUUUCAGUGUGUUCUUAAAAUAAGAGUUUUGUAUUUGUAGAAGGAUUUGUAAUGUGAUAUUGGUAUGUGGAUGUGUAAAAUGUACAGAACAUUUAUAUCUGAUGUGCUUAUUUUAAUAUGUUGAUUUCAAUUAAAGCACAAUUUAUGAGUGUGAGUUAACGGGGGGAAAAAAAACUAUGUAUUAUCUUCUAGGUUCUUAUAUGAAAGCAGUUAUAACACUUCCAUAUGUGAUUUCAGAGAAAAAGGCUGUAAUUAUUUAUUCAUGACAAUAAUUUCCAUGCAUUCAGUACUAAUGCAUUAACGAUUAUGUCUGUACUGUAAUUGGCAACAAAAAACAUUAUCUGCUCUUAAAAUUUGAUGCACAUUAUUAUACUGUAGCAAAUAUUAGGGACAAAAUCUGGUCAGAAGCUUUAACUGUGAACACCAAAAACAUGGGGCAUCAUGGGUUAAAAUUCUAUCCUAAUCAUAUUCAUACUAAUUCCUAGAUUUUUUACACCAUAAACAUGUCAUAACUGAUUAAAACAAAUAGGAAAAAAAUGAAAGUGUUGAUUAGAAAGUAAUUUUAGAGACAUUUGAACGGAAAGCACUUAGAUUUUGGUCUUUGGUGGUAGAUUUACAUGGUAUUUUACAAACCUUUAAUGUUGCAUUUUAUUAUUAUUAUUAUUCAUGCCUAGUUUAGACAGUAGUCACUUCAUAAAUUCACUGCUGUAUCUUUUAAGAAAUUGUGUUCUUAGGGUUGUCCUCAGACAUUAAAAACAUUUGAUUUGAUUUGAGGUUUAUUGUUUAUAUUCAUUCCAGUACAUUAUUAAAAUCUCUACUACAGUGUGGGCAGGUUGUGCAUCUUUACUGUACUGUCAACAUUCCCCACCACUUCACAGAAAAAGUAGUGACACUGUUUCACACAAACUAGAUAGAGGUUUAAAUGCAGAGUUGAUUUUAAAUGAGUUUUUUGCACUUUACGUAUUUGGGAUUGUCUUUUUGGCAACUGGCAAAUAGUUUUAUGCAUGGUAUUAUAUUACAGUAUUUGGAGAAAAUAUCAGCUGAUCAGAUCACUAAUGUGUUUGAUAACUCACUUUAAAAUGGGAUACAAAUCUUUAACUGCUGAAUGUCAUGUGGCUAUUUUAUCUACUUUGAUGUAUAAAGGAGAAAAGGCUUGUACUUAAAAUUUUUGUACUUUAAUUUUAUAAAUAGGAAUUAUUUUUCCAUGUCUUUUCAGUGUUCGGGAUUUUACACCUUUGUAAUUCUGUGAACUUUAAAUGCAUGUACAGUAAUGUUUAUUGUGUGUGUGGGGGGGGGGGCAUGCAUGUCACUCCACCUUUUGCCUUAACCUCUGAAAAAAAGGUAUAUUUUUACCAACUUCUACCAGUAAAUACAUUCACCUUCA